AUGUCGAAGUCUCCCUUGGAUGUCAUAGACAAGGCAGCAGAAGAAAUUUAUGCAGUAAUUACUGCUGAAUUGUCGGAGCAGGUUACAAAAAAGUACAAUGAAGGUCAAUGGACUUUGCUAGAGCUAGAUGAAUGGAGAAAUGGUGAGUUACCUGAACUUAUCCAGAAACGUGGUAAGGAAAAGGACUACCACAUAACCAAAGAUGAAUUGGUUUUGAUCAUGGACUGGAAAUUGGCCAAAGGUAAGUUUCGCCCUACUCUUCCCAAGCUCAUCAAGUCGAAUCUGCAAGAAGAUGUUGUGUCCGUAACUAAAGCUGGCUUUACUAUGUUCAUGGAUUUUGCACAACUGACAAAAGGAAAAUGGAAUGAUAUAGCGCUACGUGACUACCAGGUCGCUGUCAAAGCCAGCUUGAAGAAAUUGUGUGAAUUAAAAGGUGUGGGGCCUGCCACGGGCAGCUUGCUAUUAUCGUUAUUGAGCAAGUCCACCCAUUUUGCUGCGCCAUUUUUCAGCGAUGAGGCAUUCAUAUACUACAUCCAGCAGCCUCUCCGUCCAGGCUCUCCCAUAAAGUACAACGUGAAGGAAUACGUUGAUGAGUUUGUGGGUGUGCUUUUCAAUAUUGUGUCUGACAGACCAUCAACGUCAAUGGAUAAACUUGAGAAGGGCGCAUGGGCGCUUAAGAUGUAUGACACUUACCGCAUUACCAAGCUUGCCAGCUGUAAGUUGCCAUUUGACGUUGAAGACAGCUUGCUUGAGAAGUUUCCAGACACUCAAAAGUAUCAACCAGAACCAGAUGCAAAGAAGCGGAAGUCGGAGCUCACAAAGCCUGCCAAAAGGGCUAAGACUGCCAAAACGAAUAAAAAUUAA